AAGCAUACCCGACUGACCCCAUGAGGGCUAGUAACGAUACUGAAGGUUAGUUCUCUUAGCUGGGUGAAUUCAACUGAUUGAAGUGCUUAAUUUGGGACGCGCGGACGGAGCCCUACGCUCGCGAGGUCUCGCGAUGUCAUUUUACCGGGAGCGUGUUUUGAGUCUACCCAGCUAACCUGCACGUGUGCCCAUCACAGGUGAUCCGCGCGGGUGUUGGACAUGACUGGGCACGCAAGGACGCUGACGUCCAAAGUCCUGCGUCUUUGCACGAGCCGCGCCGGGCUCCCACGGGCGUGGGCUCGCAGUCCCCGCCUGCUCACGUGCGCUGCGCCUUCGUGUGGGCACGCUACGAACGUGAAAACGCGCUCGUACCUCCAGUAUCUCGAACGGAAGGUCAGAGGGCCGCCCGCGCCCCCGUAUGGCCACGUGUGCCAGGUGGGACAUCCCGUGUUGCGCUCCAAAGCUGCGGCUGUGCACCCGCGAGACAUCUUGGGACCAGAUGUGCAAAAGGUCAUUAAAACCUUGACCAGGGUCAUGCGCAAGAUGGAGUGCGUGGGGCUUAGCGCGCCGCAGAUCGGCGUGCCUCUACGGAUCAUAGCACUGGAGUACCCGGAGAAGCUGCUGGAGGACAGCUCGCCCGCGUCCGCUGAGGCACGCGGCCUCGUUGCAUUGCCGCUGAGGAUAUUCAUUAAUCCCCAGUUACGUGUCCUAAACGGACAGACCGUCAUCUUCCAGGAGGCUUGUGAGAGUAUUUCGGGAUACUCGGCCUGUGUGCCACGCUACUUAUCCGUAGAGGUGUCGGGCCUGAAUGAGAAGGCUGAGCCCGUGACCUGGCAAGUAAGUGGCUGGCCUGCAAGGAUUUUGCAGCACGAGGUAGACCACCUCGAAGGAAUUCUGUACAUCGAUCGCAUGGACAGUAAAAGCUUCAUUAACAUAAAGUGGGAGGAAUGCAACGGCUAGUGCUGCUGUGCAUGCUGCUGCUCAGAUGUUGGGAAAAUGGUUUCAGGAAUCAUAAAGUCAUGGAUAUGCAAGCUGCAUUUAAUCCAGAGGAUUUCUUUUUAGUCAGAUAAAAGUCUGUAAAGUGACACCCUACUGGUAAGUUGUUCAUGUCUGAUAUUUUGGCUGUUAAAAGACAGAAUGUCUUAUGUGGAAUCAUAAAGUUAAAGACUUUUUGUUGUUUUUAAACUAAAUAUUUGUACAUGAACCAUCAUGUCAAUCACCAUCCCAUACAAAGACACAAUAAUAAAGACUAAAAUGCAUGGUGGUAA